GUGCUUCAGAGUUCAGGCAGCUCACCUCUGCUGAACUGCUCGCUCACACACCAGCAGGACACCCACUCUACGUAGACAAGAAACCAUGGUGAAGCGCAUUGCAGUUAUUCUCUCAGGCUGUGGAGUCUAUGACGGCACAGAGAUCCACGAGGCCUCAGCGGUCCUUGUCCAUCUGAGUCGGGCUGGAGCUAAAGUACAGAUGUUUGCUCCGAAUGCAGAUCAGAUGCAUGUUGUAAACCACUGUGAGGGGAAACCAACGGAGGAGAAGAGAAACAUCCUGCAGGAAAGUGCUCGCAUUGCCAGGGGUGACAUCACUGAUUUGGCAGAGUUAGAUGUUUCAGCAUUUGAUGCCGCCAUCAUCCCAGGGGGCUUUGGUGUGGCUAAGAACUUAAGUGACUGGGCAGUGAAGAACAAGGAUUGCACCAUACAGCCGCAUCUGGAGAAGCUCAUCAAGGCUUUCCACAAAGCUGGAAAGCCGUUGGGCAUGUGCUGCAUCUCCCCCGUCCUCGCUGCCAAAAUCCUGCCUGGCUGUGAGCUCACAGUGGGACAAGACAAAGAGUGUGAAAAGUGGCCAUAUGCUCAGACAGCAGGCGUCAUGAAGGAGAUGGGCUGCAAACACGUCAACACAGAUGUGAACAAAGCACACGUUGAUGUCAAAAACAAGCUGGUCACCACCUCUGCAUUCAUGUGCAAUGCUCCCAUUCAUCAUGUUUUUGAUGGAAUAGGAGUCAUGGUUAAUGAGACACUGAAACUGGCUUAAGAAGUCUCUUACUACAUACUGCACGUUUUGUUUUUAUUGACUUGAAAAAGCAUAUAGAAGCAUAUUGUUGCAUUUAAGUCAGUACUCUUGUCUUUAGACAUUUGUCUGGUAUAUUGUCAAUAUGUUGUUUUGAGAUGUUCAAUAAAAAUACUCAAAUUACAA